AUGGCGGCCUCAUCUGGCGAGCCCUUCUACCUACGGUACUACUCCGGACACUCCGGCCGCUUCGGCCAUGAAUUCCUCGAAUUCGAUUUCCGGUCCGUGGGCGACGGCCGGAGCGCCCUGGCGCGGUACGCGAACAAUUCCAACUACCGCAACGACAGCCUGAUCCGUAAAGAGAUCGUCGAUGAGAUCAAGCGCAUUAUCAAGUCGAGCGAGAUCAUGAAGGAAGAUGACGCGAAGUGGCCGCAAAAGAACAAGGACGGCCGACAGGAGCUCGAGAUACGGCUGGGCAACGACCAUAUAUCAUUCGAAGCAACUAAGAUUGGCUCCCUCAUCGACGUCACCGAGUCGGCGGACCCCGAGGGGCUCAGGGUCUUCUACUACUUGGUUCAGGACCUCAAGGCGCUCGUGUUCAGCCUGACGUCGCUUCACUUCAAGAUCAAGCCCAUCUCAUGA